AUGUCUCAAGGUAGAAAAGCUGCAGAAAGAUUAGUCGGCAAGACCGUGCUCAUUACGGGCGCCUCUGCUGGUAUUGGUAAGGCAACCACGUUGGAGUAUUUGAAUGCAUCCAAUGGUGAGAUGAAACUCAUCUUGGCCGCUAGAAGAUUGGAGAAGCUCGAAGAAUUAAAAACGGCCAUUGAUGAAGAGUUCCCGAACGCAAAGGUACACGCGGCCCAACUGGAUAUCACUGAAGCCGGAAAGAUCAAGCCCUUCAUUGCAAACUUGCCGGAGGAGUUCAAGGAUAUUGACAUUCUGGUUAAUAACGCUGGGAAGGCUCUGGGGACUGACCGCGUCGGAGAAAUUGCCACACAGGACAUUCAGGAUGUGUUCGACACCAAUGUCACGGCUUUGAUCAAUGUCACGCAAGCCGUGUUGCCCAUUUUCCAAGCUAAGAAUUCGGGAGACAUCGUGAACCUGGGCUCAGUAGCUGGCAGAGAGGCAUACCCAACAGGUUCUAUAUACUGUGCAUCCAAGUUCGCCGUAGGGGCGUUUACUGACAGUUUGAGAAAGGAGCUGAUCAAUACUAAGAUCAGAGUCAUCUUAAUUGCACCAGGACUAGUCGAGACUGAGUUCUCAUUAGUUAGAUACAGAGGUAACGAAGAUCAAGCCAAGAAUGUUUACAAGGGCACAACACCAUUGAUGGCUGAUGACGUGGCUGACUUGAUCGUCUAUGCCACUUCCAGAAAGCAAAACACCGUGAUUGCAGAUACGCUGAUCUUCCCCACCAAUCAAGCGUCGCCUUCCCACAUCUUCCGUGGCUAA